AUGUCCCUCUGCGCCUUUGGCACCGUCCCGCCGGGGGCGUUAGCUACCCCGGUGCCGUUCCGGCUCAGCGUGUCAGUGGCGCAGCAGGAGAAGCUCGUCAAGCUGGUCCGCCAAGCCGAGAUCGCGGUGCCGUCGUACUACAACACGCACACUGACGCGUCCAACACGUCAUCGCUCGGCCUCUCGCGCGACUGGCUGGUCGAUGCCCAGGACGCCUGGACCUCGGGCGAGUACAGCUGGGCCGCGGAGCAGAAGCGCCUCAACCGCUUCCCCCAGUUCCGCAUCAACAUCACCACCAGCACCACCACGACGGCAUCUAACCCUGGCAGCGACAGCAGCAGCAAUGGCGAUGGCGCAGAUAGCGAGAGCGAGACGUUCGACCUGCACUUCGCGGCGCUAUUCUCGCGCAACGCGUCGGCCACGCCGGUGGUGCUGAUGCACGGGUGGCCGGGGUCAUGGAUCGAGUUCGGGCCGGUGCUGGACCGGCUCGCGGCGCGGUACACGCCCGACACGCUGCCGUACCACGUGGUGGUGCCGUCGCUGCCGGACUACGGCCUGUCGACGCGGCGCGGCGAGCUGCAGCGGGCGCUGACCAUGGAAGGCGCCGCGGGUGCGAUCGAUGGCCUCAUGGGCGCGCUGGGCUUCGGCGCCGGCUACGUCGCCCAGGGAGGCGAUGUCGGCGCCAUCGUGGGGCAGGUGUUGUGUGCCAAGUUUGAGGCUUGCAAGGCGCUUCAUUUGAAUCUGUACUUCAUGAGCGCAGACGACGCGGCUGCUGUUGCCGGCUUGCCCGUCACGCCUGCUGAGCAAGUCCAGCUGGGUAGGGCGGCAAUAUGGGGCUCAGUAGGUACUGCGAUGGGCGAGAAGUUCAUCGAGUGGAGCGAUAACCGUUUCCCCCUCCCGCUCAACACCAUUCUGUCUCUGACGUCCUUCUACUGGUUCACCAACUCGUUCGGGCGCGGUCUGUGGGCCUAUAGCUUCGCUGUCAACCGUAUUCCCGUUCCGUUUUCCUUGACCAAGCCGUUUGGGUAUUCGUCCUACCCCAUCGAGGUUUCGGCCUUCCCGCGAGCAUGGGCCGAGCAUCUGUACCCGAACUUGGUGCUCUACAAGACCCACGACAAGGCAAGUCGAAGCCAGCGGGAUGAAGUGUUCACAUGA